CGAAACAAUUGCGAUGCACUCAUACGAGUAACUUCGCGGAUAGAAAGUGUCUCCGUGUCGAAUAGAAGACCAUUAAUGUGGGUGCCGGCGGACUGAGGGGAAAAAAAACGAAUGUUACCAAAAUGGAAAGAGCAGUCACGUUCCUCAUUCUGUCGGUCGUUUUCUUCGUAUCGCAGAUAAAUUGCCAAGAGGCAAUCUUGCACAUUUCAAAUGGAAGUACCAACAAGGAGUACUGUAUCGUCUACAAUCAUUCCUGGACCCCGCUAUCACAAACCCUGGAUGCCGCUUUGCAGUAUCCGGUGGUGAAUAUGACCUUCACUGUGCUGUGUAACACCUCUGGGGUCAGUCCAGAGGCGGUAAAGGGCAACGCCAUGGUGGUGAUGAGGGGGGACUGUGAUUUCAGCCAGAAAGCUCUGGUUGCUCAGAGCCUUGGAGCCACAACAUUGCUCAUUGCCAGCAACACGUUAUUGAUCACUCCAUCAGCCAACGACUCGGAGUAUGCGAAGAUCCAGAUUCCCGUGGCUCUCAUGAGGUACAGGGACUAUCUUGAAGCACAGCAGGUGUUUGGAGAAGGGAUGCAGGGGAAGCUUUAUGCUCCACCGUACUCAAAGAUUGACGCAAGCAUCGCGGUCAUGCUGCUGAUUGCCAUGGUAACAAUCGUCUUGGGCGGCUUGUGGAGCGGGGCGAGCGAGAGAGACCGGUUGAAUGGUGACGGUGCAGGGGGGGGAGGGGGAGAGGGCAAAGCAGACAGCGGGGAGCUGUUCCUGUACUCUCCUCUCAAAGUGGUCCUCUGCGUGGCACUGAUGUCUGGGAUGCUGGUCCUCAUGUACUUCUUCUACAACUUCCUCGUUUACGUCAUCAUUGCUAUAUUCUGCCUGGCGUCGGCCUCGGCGCUGUUCAGCUGUCUGGAUGCAAUCUUGGACCUGAUUGGUUGUGGCACUGGGAGCUUCUCCGUCCGAAGUUACAACUUCUCCGUGAGGUCUCUCAUCCUGGCGUCCGUGUGUAUUAGCGUUGCUGUGGUCUGGGGCGUCUACAGAAAUGAAGACAGGUGGAUCUGGAUCUUGCAGGACCUCCUUGGCGUUGCUUUCUGCCUCAACUUCAUGAAGACCAUCUCUCUGUCCAACUUCAAGAUCUGUGUGAUCCUGCUGAGCCUCCUGCUCGUGUAUGACGUCUUCUUCGUUUUCAUUACUCCUUUCUUCACCAAGAAUGGAGUGAGCAUCAUGGUGCAGGUUGCCCUCGGCCCGGAUGCAUCAGGAGAGAAGACGCAAGGUAACAUGGUGCAGGUCCCCGCCGAACCCCAGGCGCCCUCUGAGAAACUGCCGGUGGUCAUGCGUGUCCCACGGUUCUCCGCUUGGGCUCAGAACCUGUGUGGGAUGCAGUUCUCCAUUCUGGGUUAUGGCGAUAUCAUUAUCCCAGGUCUGCUGGUGGCCUACUGCAGCAGAUUUGACGUUUGGAUCAACAGCAGCAAGAAGAUCUACUUCCUCUGCUGCUGCACAGCCUACCUGCUGGGGAUGGCCGUGACGUUUGCUGUGAUGCUGCUGUCGGGGGCGGGUCAGCCCGCGCUCCUCUACCUGGUGCCCUUCACCCUGAUAACCUGCGCUGUGGUGGCUGCCUGCCGGGGGGAGAUGAAGCAGUUCUGGGCGGGAACCACCUAUCAGGUGAGAGGACCGGUCUUGGACUCGUCCAGGGAGCCUUUGCUGCCAGAGGGAAGAGCUGACUGUGCCGUAGAAGGAGACGUUUGCUGACGUCCUGCAGUGUUGAGAAGCGACCGUUACUGCUGGAUGCUUUUUUAUUUUUACUUUUUUAAUUUUUAUGUUUGCAAAGCAAGGGAAAUCCGGUUAUUGAUCAACAGAUUCUUGAAGCAGUAAGGGGUUAAUUUGUCUUCUGCAGCUGGCUAGAAAGUUAAUAACUUAUGUUGGCUUUGUUUAGUGCCUGGAAGCUUUUCUUAGGUUCACAUAUUGACUUUGCCUUGGCCAUAAUAGAAUACGACAAAAUGAGGAAGCACUUUAUAAUGUUCAGCUUUUACAGUUGUCCCAUCAGGGGUGGGGUAGGUUUUAAAUUACUCGAAGCCACAUUGAUACGUUUUUGAUAACUGUUUCUGCGUCACCCGUUUGUAUGAUGUGAUUUAUUUCAUCGCCUUAUAUUAAAGUGAACUUAUAUUUAA